CCAUUGCAACAUGCAGCAACAUGGCAGCAGCAACAGAUUAUCGCGCCAUUCAGCCGCGCGUAUCGACGGCAUGUUGUGGAAACAUCGUCGUUGGCUCUAAACAAAACAAACGGUCCCGUUUGAUACGGCAAAUAUCACUUGUGAGUGUCGUUAUUUGCAAAACAUUUCGCAAUCUCGAGACGAAGCACUUCUCUCAUAGCCGUGAACCGUCCGGGAUGCCAAAAUAAACCGCCUGGAAAUCGCCUAACCUCUAUUUGAGACGUAUUUGGAUCACGAUUAAAGACGAGACGAGCGACCAGAAGUUCGAUUUUACCUGAGAAAAGCUAAAUCAGCAACAUGAAAAUACUUUCUAGCUCAGAUUCCGAAACAGACUCGCAAUUGAUGGAAGAAAAUGGAAGUAAGAGGAUGAGGGGCAGAACUCGUGGCAGAACCCGCGGACGUACCCGGGGCAGGGCCAGAGGAAGAACAAAGAAGCAAGUAAAAGUUAUUGAAAGUGAUGAUGAAGAAACUCCACAACAAUCAGAAGACACUGCUACAGAGACAGUAAGUGGAGAACAGGAGGAACAUGAACCUCCUGUAGCCCAGCAAUCUUCUUUGGAGCAACAAUUUGAUUUGGAAGCAGAUAUAUCACAACUGGAAGCACCAACUUUUACAACCAUCAAUCGAGGUCCGCCAGAACCAAUGUUGCGAUUGAGAUGGGACCAUCGAGUGAAUCUUAUAGGAGAGAAAGUAUUGAAUCCUAUGAUACACUGCUGCGACAAGUGUCUGAAGCCUAUUUUGAUUUACGGCCGUAUGAUACCCUGCAAACAUGUAUUCUGUCUAUCUUGCGCCAAAAGAGAAGACAAAGUGUGUCCUAGGUGUAUGGAAAAAGUAUCUAGAGUGGAGCAAACCGGUUUAGGUACCGUUUUUAUGUGUACUCAUGAGGGCACGAGAUACGGUAAUGCAGGAUGCAGAAGAACGUAUCUCAGCCAACGUGACUUGCAGGCUCAUAUUAAUCAUCGACAUGUAUCGGCGCCACCUCAAGCGAUUCAAGGGAUGCAAGUCGAGCCUCCUCAAUACGUUCAUGCAAAGUCGGAAAUGGAAUCCCAAUUGUCUAAAGUAUCCUCCGUAUCAAUGCAAAAUACGCGUCUCAAGUCUGUGCAAUCUCAUAUGCAAUCGAUUAUGGGUAACGAUCCACGUGUGAACUCGAUGGUGAAUCAGCAACCGUCGCUCGAACAGCAUCGACAGCAACAUCGGCAACAGCAACAACAGCAGCAAGCAAUGAUGUCUCUGCAGAGUUACACGCAGAGCGCCGCGCCGCCUCCGCCACCUAAUAGUGCACCAAUGCGGACUAAUCUGAUCACCGUGCCUAUUCAGGAUACAACAUCCUUAACGACGCACGACCUACAUACUCAGCAAAGUCAUUAUUAUCCGCCGCCGUUACCGCCGCCGCCACCACCGCAGGUCAACUACGGUGGUUACAACGUGCCACCGCAAGUAUCCCAGACAACGCAACAAUACUAUCCGCAACCGCAGCAUCCAACCCAGGUAUCUUACGUGCCACCACCACCACCGCCGCAACAACAACAAUAUAUACCGCCGACACCGACGUCCAUAAGACCGUCGCCGACAGGUUACAUACAGGAACCCCAAUAUGGUCCACCACCGUCUCAGCCGCAACCGCCACCUCCGCCGCAGCAGUGGUCGCAGCAUCAACAGCAGUUUUAUAGGUAAAAAAAAAAAAAGGCUUCAAUACUGUGCAGUGUUAAGAUAACAGUGAUGUGUGAAUAGGCUACGAAAAAAAAAAAAAAACAGAUACUAUACUUACAUAGAGUAUUAUACAUAUAUAUAGAAUGUGUGGACCCAGUUUUAUCCAUAACUGGUAUAAAUAUCUUCCGAGAUUUUGUACUUUUUAUUAAAGUAAAUGAUAUGAUGAUAAUUUGAAAUGACAAAGAGCUUAGUUUAUAUAAAAGCUCCAAAGAUAUUUCAACUUCGCAAUAAAACUCAUUUCUUUUUUAUACAGUUCCCAUUUAUAUUUCGUUUUACUGUGAUUAAAUUAUGGUAUGUAUUUGACAAAUGUUUUAUCAAAUGUUAUGUCAUUAUAUUCUGAUGUUUCACUUAAACUUGGUUGACAAAUUACGAUAGGCGCAUUUAAUCGUCUUAAGUUUCCGACUGAAAAAUCUUUAUGACGCAAUUUGUAUAUCUAAGACAUUUAAAAUGAUGAAAUCGCAACUCUUGAUAAAAUAUAGAUCUUUUUUAAAUGUUUUAAUUUAAUAUAUAAAUUUAAUUUCGAACAAUAUACAUGUACGGUGUUUAUAAAUUUUGUUUCCAGUGAUAAAACAUGUUGGCAAUAAAAUUAAUAUGGAUA